AACUUCGUUGGUUGUAUCCUUUGUGUGCCUUUCAUCCCCUCACCUUUGGGAGUCCUCAGGAAGACUGGCUGGAAGGCAUUCAGCCCUCCCUGCCUAAUCCAUCUGCACAGCGUGAUUUUGGGGUUAUUCUGUGAGUUUCCCAGCCACAGAUUCUGUUUUAUGUGAAUGGGGUUUAUUACAUCUUCUACUUCCUGGCUACCCUCACGAUGAUUGUGUACAAGAGUCAAGUUUUCAGUUACCCAGAUGAUUUUUUGGCUCCAGAUCUUCUGGUGCUUUUCAUCAUGGCCAUUCUGGAAGUGCCUCGACUCUACUUGGGCUCCAAGGGUAACCUGACAGAAGAAGAGGCUCCGCUGGGGCUCAGCCUCGCGCUGACGCUGGGCAGCGUGGGCCUGGCGCUGUAUUUCCUGGCCUGGCAAACCUACGUGCUGCGAGCUGACCUCAUCCUGAACGCUCUGCUGCUCGCCACCUAUGGGCUGGAGUCGGGACUAAAGGUCAUGGCCAUUGCUGCUUUUGUCAGCUAAGCCCUGGCAGGUUUCAACACCUCCUCCGUGCGCUUCUCCUAUAAAAGAGCAGGUUUCUAUUCAAAUAUUGAACCCUCCUGCAGAUAACAAUCCUGUAAACCUCUCCUCUGCUUGGAGAGCAGAUCUGUGAGGGGCAGUGCUGGUAGGUGCCAUGUCCCAGCUGGCAGCUGUGUUCACUUAUUUAUGGGCAAAGGCAAGAGAUGAUGUCCAGCAGGUCAAGGGCGGUUCUACUCCCCCUCUACUCUGCCCUGGUCAGACCACAUCUGGUGUGUUGUGUCCAGCUCUGGGCUCCCCACAUCAAGAGGAAGAGGGAUA